AUGGACGCGACAACGACUCGCAGAGAGUGGUCGGCCGCCAUCGCUGCGCUCUUCCCCGAGAGCGACGAGUGCGUGUUCCCGUUAAUCGAGCGCGCCAUCGACAAAGAGGUCGCCUCCACAGCGUGCGAGGCCCAGCUUUGGCGCGAGGAGUCGCUCAUGUUCCAGGUGGGGAAAACAAUAAGGGCCAAUUCAUCGGCAUCCGAUUGGUUGUACACCAACCGGGCCAAGAAGAAGGAGGACCUGGAAGGCGAGGCGCUCACGCGGUGGCUUGUAGCCUGUUCCGAAAAGAUGUUCAAAGCCGUGCUCGAGGUCAUCGAUGACUCUCCCAGCCUGGUCAAGAGGGCCAUCAAGCACCUGUACCUGGCGGCCAAAGAGCGCUUCCCGGCUUUCGAAUUUCGCGCGGUGGGCGCGCUCGUCGGACUCCGCUGCUACUGUCCGGCCAUCGUCUCACCGGAGCUGUACAACCUCGUGAAGCCCGGCAAGGAGAUUUCGAUCGUGGCGCGGAAGGCGCUGGUGAAGAUCGCCAAGCUGCUGCAGAACGUGUUCAACGAGACGGGCGUGGAGGAGGACGCCACCUCGCCGGAGCUCUCCCAGAACUUCAUUCGCAGCUGCAUCCCCAAAUUCCACUCCACCAUUUUCAUGAUCACCGAGGGCCGUCGUCUGAGCGAUUCGGAUAUUAAUGGCAGCGGCAACCUGCCCGGCAGCAUCGGCCAGGCCCAGGACGCCGAUGGCGAGCCCACGUCGCCCUCGGCCUUGUCGAGCGGGAUGAAGUCGCUCGGCCGCAAGUCGCUCUUCUCCACCAAGAAGCGAACCAAGUUCAGCACCGGCGGCGGCAGCAGCGGCGGCGGCGGCAUGGACAAGGCUGAGGAGUCGGCCCUUACAGAGGGGGGCGAGGUCACCAUGUACCUGCUCACCCGUCUGCUAUCCAUCGCUUCAUCGAAUGAGUCAGUCAUACAACAAAUCUUGCAGGCUGGAGUAGGGCUCAUGUUCAACGGGCAGCCGCCGGGCGAGGCAAAGUCGAGCGUGUGCGGCCGCACCUGGGGACCCGGCGCCAUGGCCUACCGCUGCUCGGACUGUCAGAUGAACUCGAGCAGCUGCAUCUGCGUGGACUGCUUCAAGCACGGAAACCACGAAGGACACGACUACCGCCUGUACUCGUCGGGCUACGGCGGCUGCUGCGACUGCGGCGAUCCUGCGGCCUGGAAGCCCAAAGGCGCGUCGUCGACCGAGUCGACAGCCGAGCAGAACUUCAAUCCGGAGGCCACCAAAGUCUUCCUGGACCACGUGCUCGGGUUGCUGCAUACUCGCAUGGUGUCGUAUCUGAAGCAGGAGGAGAACGUGGCCGGAAUCGGGUUGAUCCUCACCUUCAUCAGCAAGGGUAUGUCGCGCCACCCAACGUCUUUCUGGACACUUAGUCCAGAGCGGCGCCUGGUGUAG